AUGGAGGAUUCCAGUGGGAUCCGUCCCAGCCAAGCACGUGUCAAGUGCAAAUGGUUUUUCCUUGCGCUCGUGUGCUUUGUAGGUUUGGCAUUGAGCUGCCAUCGGACAUUCGUAUUGCAUUCGGGCGAAGAAAUGUCCUUGGAUGUGAACCUUGCGGCCAUCUUGCAAAAGAAUGAUCCUUGUGCACGGUUACAGGGUCAGUAUCGAGAUGAAACGAACUCAGUAAAUGAGAUUGACCUGGAACAAGACGGUUGCAGCGUAAGCUUUCAGUAUCAGGAGACGUUCUAUACAGGGUUUAUCAACAAAAACAUCCUGCAUGUGAACGAUAAGUCCUGGAGCGAGGGCGAGAUUUUCUCUACCUUCAUUGCCUUCGAUGAUGAUGGGAAGUGGCUGUUAAACUAUGCUGACAUUUCGGGUCAGUACACGGACUCGAGAGGCGCCGCGCUAACAGUUGUUCAGAACGGGGACCAGUUCAGUACAACGUACGAUGACCCGUUCUCUGAGAGUGCAGCGGGCACUUGGCAAGCUCUUCUUGGGUCAGUCAGUGAACGAGAUGUCACCCUGAAUCGCCCCCACGGUGCUAGUGAUUCAGGCACGGUGGGCCUCGAUGGGGUUGUCCAUUUUGAAAAAGAUGGAGUUGACUGGAACCUUGGUUGGUGCGAUAGCUUUACAGGAGGCACAUGCUUUGUAAGUGCUUGUGACUCAAGACGGGGUGCACGCUGCCAGCGGCACCCGUGGGUGCCAACCUUCUGGUGCCGUUGUCCGCCGUCGACAUGUUCCAAUGGGCAGGGCAUCUGUGAGCCGAAUGCAGGUCUGCAGACUCCCCAAUAUCCAGAACCAGCAUGGUUUCGGCAGCAGAUACACCUGACAUGGUAUGCUUUGAUCACUCUGAUCUUUGCACGGAUCGAGCUGGUUGGCGCAGUUGUGUUCCUGAAGUUUUGGGAGCGAAUGGACAGGGCCAGGGAUGAUGUGGAUGUCAGACGGAACCGUGAUGAAGACCUAACCUUGACAUUGUCGAGCGCUGAGUGGCCAAUGGCCUGUGAUUUGGUGACCUUAAGGGCUUUCAUGAGGCUUGUUUUUUUCCACUGGCUGCAACCAGUCAUUUUCUUGCUGGUGUUUGUCGCGUACUAUGAUGUAAUGAGCUUAUGGCAAUGCUGCUGUGCCUGUGGUGUUAUCUUCCGUGAAGCGCUCUACGUGUUCAAUACUGUGUUGGGCGUGGGAUUUGCGCCGCAGUACCUGAUGUGUACGCCGGAUCAAAGCCUGGCUGCCAUCUUCAACCUGCUCGCUCCUUCCUACUACGUCCUGCAUGCAGUAUCAAAAUACCAGAGGUGGCAUUUGGCUUGGCUGGCCAAAUGGUUGCGAUUCAGUUUGGUUUGUAGCAUUUGCGGGGACUGCUGCGUGAUCUUUCUGUUUUGCAGUGGACUUGGCUGGGGAUUGUGCUGGUCCCGCAUGUGGCCCAUGGUCCUGGGAAUUUGCAUCGCGCUCAUUGUCGCCUUGCCAGUUACUCUUAUCUUCGUGGUAUUUAGUGGCGGAUUGUUCAAGCAAACUUGGCUGCCUGACCCCGAGCAGGGGACCAUGACACCGCACGAUCCAGAAACUUUGGAGACACCUUCGCUGCCGACCCUUCUCUUGCUUAAAGGCAAGCGCCACGUCCGUGACGACGCCAAGACAUCAUCUGGAUCUGUCGAGGAAGGAGGUUCGAGGCCGGCGCUGGUAGAGGCUGUGGAGACGCCACAGACGGUCGAGAGUGAGGGGUGGGUGAAGAUUCAGGAGUCAUCUGAUCUUGUGAACACUGCGGAGGAUUCGCCCCCUCAGUCACCAGCCUUGGCAUCGCCCGUCGCGAACACGUUGGAGGUGUUGGCAGCCGUAGAGGUCUCGCCACCUCGAUCAUCAGCUUUUGCUCCCGACCCGGCUUGGGGGUCUCCGCAUGUGGAGAUGCCGGAGGCCGUGGAGACGCAGGCUUCGACGUCUGAUGUCGCGAACACCACGGAGCUGCUGAAGAUUCAGGACUCGCGCCCUCAGUCACCAGCUUCCGAGACUUCUCGCCCGAAGAGAGCAGAAGAAGUGGAAGCGGUAGAGGUUGCGUCAGCUGCUCUCGCGAACACGUCGGAUUUGGCGAUUGGGGACGCAUCCCCUGCAUCCUGU